AUGGAGCUGGGGGGCGAAGUGUUCACGAUGGGCCUGGCGCUCAAGCUGCAGAAGGUGCCGCCGGGAGCGAUGCUCGACUUCAGCGAGCUGCGCCGGGAGAACUCGAACGCGGCCGCCCUCACCGGCGACUGGGACACCGUUCAGGCGGCCGAUGUGCCCGGAAACGAGACGAUGGGACCGUUCGAGGAGUACGAGCUGUUCUACCGGCACUCGUACACGAUGACCGCCGUCUACUGCGUCGCGUACUUCAUCGUCUUCAUCGUGGGGCUGGUCGGCAACAGUUUCGUCAUCGCGGUCGUCUUCCGGGCCCCGCGGAUGCGCACGGUUACGAACUUUUUCAUCGUCAAUCUCGCGGUCGCCGACGUGCUAGUGAUCGUCUUCUGUCUGCCGGCCACGCUGAUGAGCAACAUCUUCGUACCCUGGAUGCUCGGAUGGUUGAUGUGCAAAACCGUACCCUACAUACAGGGUGUCUCGGUGGCGGCGUCCGUCUACAGUUUGAUUGCGGUGUCACUCGACCGGUUUCUCGCCAUCUGGUGGCCACUGAAGCUGCAGAUCACGAAACGCCGGGCCCGGUUCAUGAUCGUGUGCAUCUGGAUCAUUGCGCUCGGCUCGACCGUCCCGUGGGCCCUGUUCUUCGAGCUCGUCCCGAUCAUCCCGGAGGCGCCGGACAUCAAACUGUGCGUCGAGGUGUGGCCCCCCGGCACGGACGGGGCGCUGUACUUUCUGCUGGCGAACCUUGUUGCCUGUUACCUGCUGCCCAUGACGCUUAUCACCAUCUGUUACAUCCUGAUCUGGAUCAAGGUUUGGCGCCGCUCGAUACCGGGCGACUCAAAGGACGCCCAGAUGGACCGGAUGCAGCAGAAGUCCAAAAUCAAAGUUGUUAAAAUGCUUGUUGUCGUUGUUAUACUGUUUGUCCUCUCCUGGUUACCUCUGUACGUUAUCUUCGCCCGCAUCAAGCUGGGCGGUGCGCUCGAGAGCAGCGAGGAGGAGCUGCUGCAGAUCGCGACACCGAUCGCCCAGUGGCUCGGGGCGUCCAACUCCUGCAUCAACCCGAUCCUGUACGCGUUCUUCAACAAGAAGUACCGGAAGGGCUUCGCCGCCAUCAUUCGGUCGCGCAAGUGCUGUGGCCGACUUCGGUACUACGAGACCGUGGCGAUCGCCUCCUCGUCGACCAGCACGCGCAAGUCAUCGCACUACCACAACAGCCAGCGGCGGGCGGGCGGCAGCCCCUCGGUCAAGUCGGCGGACGUGGUGUCGUACAUCUACGAGGAGAAGGGCGGCCGCAGGCACCACGCCAUCUCGAAGCAGAACAGUGACCUCUCACGGCACAUGCUGCUCAAGCAGGACAGCAGCAUCUCGCGCCAAUCGCUGCUCCUGAAGCAGGACAGCGUGGCGUCGCGGUCCGCUAUCCUGUACCGCCAGGACAGUGACAACUCGCGCCAGAUGCUGCUGAAGCAGGACAGCAACGGCUCGCGGGACAUGCUGUCGAAGCAGGGGUCCGCGUCCGGGUCGAUCUCGCGCCAGGACUCGCAGAUCUCCUACAUCGAUCCACCGCUGCGCCGGGGCAUCCUGUGCAAACAGGACACCCAGAUCUCCUACAUCGAGCACAGUGUCGGCGGUGGCACCGGUGGUGGUGGUGGUGGUGGCGUCGGUGGCACCGGUACACCGGGCAGCAAGAAGUUCUCGGCGUCCCUGUCGUCCCAGGACAGUGUCCUGUCGAUCAUCGAGCACAAGCGCCACAAGCUGGUCAAGCAGGACUCGAUCUUCUCGUUCAACGAGCCGAAAUCAGUGUACGAAAGUGCGACCCCGGCCCCGUUCAAGCGGCACCAGCUCGUCAAGCAGCACUCGGUCAUAUCGUUCGCCGACCAGAAGCGGGGCGGUAGCCUCACCAAGCAGGACUCGGUGACCACCAUCCACCGGGCCGGCAACGGCGAGGGCCCGUACAUUUCCUCCAUCCUCAAGAAGACCGACUCGCAGUGCAGUUCCGCGUCGCCGGUGCGCAAAAACAUCGGCUUCUUCGACGGCUAG